AUGCGUCCAUCUCGGUCCGGCGCUAGCUCCGCCCCUCAUGCCAAACUAUUUUAUUCAGUUUCUAUGAGGAGACCAUCUCUUCAUUUAACGAGACAUCUCCUGGUCUUCAUGUUCGCCAUAGAAGAAAUAAACAGAAGAUCUGACCUCUUACCUAAUAUCACUCUGGGAUACAAGAUCUAUGACUCCUGUGUGUUAGAACAUAAAGCUGUACAGAGUGCACUGAGUAUACUGGCAGGACGAGAAGAAGCCGUCCCCAACUACAGCUGUGAUGAGAAGAACAACGUGGUGGCUUUUAUCGGACACUUAAUGUCUUCCUCCAGUCUGUCGAUAGCGGAGAUAACUGGGAUCUAUGGCUAUCCUCAGAUCAGCUAUGGAGCGAUGGAUCCCAUCUUCAGUAACAAGCUCCUGUUUCCUUAUUUCUAUCGCACAGUCCCUGAUGGGUCCACUCAGUAUGAAGCUAUUGUCCUCCUACUGGAGAACUUUGGCUGGAGCUGGGUGGGGAUGGUGACAGUAGAUGAUGAAAGCAGCCAACGAGCCAGCAUGGAGCUCUACAAUACACCGCGCUCCACCUGUAGUGAGAGUUGCCUCCAUGGAUACCGGAAAGUCCUACUGGAAGGAAAAUAUAAAUGCUGCUACUACUGUGCCCCCUGUGCAGAAGGCGAAAUCUCCAACCAGACUGAUAUGGAAACAUGCUUAGUGUGUCCUAACGAUCACUGGUCAAAUGGAAGAAGAGAUUCCUGCGUUCCAAGACCGAUUGAAUUCCUGUCUUAUGGAGACACACUGGGGUCAUCUCUAAUUAUUAUAAAUCUUACAUUUUGCCUUGUGACUAUAGUUGUGUUGGGGAUAUUUAUAAAAAAUAAAGAUUCUCCAAUUGUGAAAGCCAAUAACCAGAAUCUCAGUUUCAUACUUCUCCUCUCACUCAUCUUCUCAUUUUUAUGUCCUCUCUUAUUCAUUGGACAUCCCUCAGAUAUAUCAUGUCUCCUCCGACAAGUGACUUUUGCAAUCAUUUUUAGCCUUGCAGUUUCUUCAGUCUUAGCUAAAACAGUCACUGUAGUCUUGGCUUUUCAAGCCAUUAAACCAGGCAGGACACUGAGGCAGUGGAUGAAGAGACACCUCUCCACAUCCAUAUUUGUUAUAGGUUCAUCUGGAGAAGUUUUGAUCUGUGUCCUCUGGUUGUUUUAUUCUCCACCAUUCCCAGAUUAUAACACUGGAAUAGAGGUUGGAAAGAUAAUCUUACAAUGUAUUGAGGGAUCUGCCAUUGCUUUCUACUUGUCCAUCGGCUACAUUGGAUUUCUGGCAAUGAUGAGCUUUAUUGUAGCAUUCUUGGCCAGAAGACUUCCAGACACCUUCAAUGAGGCUCAGUACAUCACCUUCAGCAUGCUGGUGUUCUGCAGUGUGUGGAUCUCCUUCAUCCCGGCCUAUCUCAGCACCAAGGGGAAGUACAUGGUGGCAGUGGAAGUUUUUGCCAUCUCAUGUUCCAGUGCUGGACUUCUGGGCUGUAUCUUCAUUCCCAAAUGUUACAUUAUCCUACUGAGACCAGAGCUCAACACAAAGUCCAAUAUAAGGGUCAUAAGAAGACAUUGUACAGGAGAAUUUUGA